AUGUCUGCUUCGAUUAUAUCAAACUCAAAAAGAUUACCUGUAUAUUAUAUAAGUCAUGGAGGGCCAACAUUGGUAAUCGAUACCCACGAGAAUCAUCACAAAUUCUUAAAGCAAUUAGGUUCAAAAAUUCGUAAGCAAUUCAAACCUACCGCAAUAGUUGUCGUCUCGGCUCAUUGGCAAACUACGGAUAUAAUUCGAGUCAGCAGCUUUAAAGAUGAGACGCCAUUAAUUUAUGAUUUUUAUGGAUUUCCUGAUAUCAUGUAUCAGCAAAAAUAUCAAAAUAAAGGAUCCCCGGAAUUGGCUUCGAAAAUUGUUGAUUUGCUAACAGAGUCGAAAAUAGAUGCAGUUAAAGAUGAAACACGAGGAUUUGAUCAUGGUGUUUGGGUCGUUCUUAAACUUCUUUUUCCAGAACCGGGCGACGUACCAAUAGUUCAAGUAUCAUUGAAACGUGACGCUUCUUUUGAAUUUCAUAUAAAAGUUGGUAAAGCCCUUGAAUCUCUAAGGGAAGAAGGCAUUCUUCUAAUUGGCUCUGGCUCGUUAGUCCAUAAUCUUCGCGAUUUUUUUUCCGAUUCGAAUUCACCAAAUAUGCUGCCGAAACAAUACGCUACAACUUUCGAUAAAGAUGUCACCAACAUAGUAAAAAAUUUUCUUGGAAAGGAACGUGAAAACAAAUUGAUUGACUUGAAAAACCACCGCUUCUUGAAAGAAGCACAUCCGACUACCGAGCAUUUGGUGCCGUUACAUGUUAUUGCUGGUGCUGCUAGUGAAGAAAAAGGAGAAAAGAUUUUUCAUGAAAUUUUUAGCGGGAUGAGUUCUGGUGCUUUUAGCUGGGGAGAAAGCAAAAAUGAUGAGGUUUUAAGAGACGAAUUGUAG